CAGAAUCUCCUCAUUGCAUCGACAGCCGCCGUCAGGGACUCAAGGCCCUGGACUUUCGUCUCUUCGGACCGACAGCGAAUGCGCGGGCCCCGACUCCGUUUGCGCAAAACAAGGGCGAACUUGGGAUUCGGUUAAACAAAGACUUCCAAGAUCUGAACCAAUCGUCAAGCUCGUGGCAUCUAUUCUUCGCAGGGAAAGCUUAUGAAUCGAACCGUGUAAUUCCAUUCGAAGAAGCAGGGACACUGCAGUACCGACAGGCUGCAAUCUUUGCAGGUCUCGUAACUUCAUGGCGUGCUAUUUCGUGGCUGUUGUUGUGAGGCAGACCCGAGUUACGGAGUUGAAUAAAGUCUCGACAGUCGGCAUCUCUUCGACUGAACAUGCACUGCCCUCGUUGACACGUUGACGCCGUAUAUCCCGCCAAACCAUCGGUGUUGAAUGAACAGCGUUUCCUCGCGACCCCCUCUGAUACUCCGCGUGAAAAUCCCUGCUAUCUGGCGCCUCAAAAAGCUGGGAGAAAUGCUUCUUGCAUGUGUCGAGGGCCUCUCCAACCUGGCGGUGACCCUUUCCGAUGGCGCCUCUCCGAGCUCCGGCGGGCCAGGCCAGGCCUGUUUGGGUAACGUUGGAAAAACGACUUCCACACAAGCACGGUAGCCGUUGCAGCAGAAGUAACAGGGAAACCGCAGGCGCCUCGUCCCUUGGCAUUCUUGCAGAGUCAGACAGACGCCACCUGAAUCGUGGGCAAUCCUCUCGGUACCUUGGCGUCUCGGGAACUCCGCCGCCUCGACCGGUUCCUGAGGUCGUUCAACUUCCGCCACCACGAUUCCGACUGGGUGCCGCUGCGCGCCCUCCGGACCUUGGUGGUUCUUCGUGGAAUCACAAAAUGACUGUGUCUGCGUCCACCUUUUCCUGGGGCUCCCGCUCUGUGUUGUCACACAACGCGGCGUUCUUACGUGCGCAGGGCCGUCGAUUCUUUGGCUUUCUGUGCACCAAGAAGGUGGAGAAACACCUGAAACUUCACGUCCAUCCAAACAACAUGGGGCCAUCGGAUAUCAGCAACUUAGUCCGCCUGGCUGCCAACAAAAAAAUCAACGACGGUGCCCUCUGGACGGCGAUUACGCGGCGAGUUCAGUUCCUCAAACCCGUUUUGUCUCCGAAGGCAAUCGCCCUCAUUUCCAAUGGCUUUGCACGCGCACAGAGAAGAGACUUUGAACUUUUCAUUAGCCUGGCGGAACAGAGUGCCCAACGACUCGAGCAUUUCGAAAGCCACGAUGCCGCCUUGUUUCUGAACGCGCUUGCGCGUCUGGAUCUCCAUUACCCCCGGCUAAUGGAGCAUUUUGCGAACCAUCUUUUGCAGAAUGAUUCGCAACUCGUGUACGAAGAACAACACCUCGCCCUCAUCGUGAACGCCUACGCAAAGUUGACUUCUCCUGGAAGCUUCCCGGCGCUCUUCGCAGCUCUCGGGCGACGCAUUGAACGCCAGGCUGCCGAGUUCACUCCCCAAGGACUUGCCAACGUCAUCAAUGGGUACUAUCGCCUCGGCCACAGAGACGACGCUCUGAUGGCUGCUUUGGCACCAGCGGUCCUUCGUCAAACAGGCCAAUUAGAAGCGCAGCAUGUUGCAAACAUUCUUCAAGGUUUCGCCUGGCACAAAAAUCUCGUGCUGCCUGUCGCGGGCGCAUGCAAACACAAGAUUACUCGGCACGACGAGGUGCUCAGGUCUCUCGCAACUCUACUUCCUCGUCUGCAACAGCGUCUGGGGCCGGUCGAAGUGGCUGCAUGCGCCAGCGCGUUCGCCACAGCUGCGCUGGAGGAUCGGGCAGCAGUGAAGGCAAUCAGCGACGUCGUCACAGAGCGUCACGAGUCUUUCCGACCAGACCAGUUGGCGUUGACGCUUUAUUCUCUCAGCAAGUUGAAACACAUGCCUCCAGAUUUGCUGCAACGACUGACUCCAGCGAUUUCUCGUCAACUCGACAAAUUCGACGCUCAGUCCCGAGUGAUGCUUCUCCACGCAUGCAGCAGGGCACGACUUCCCGAUCGGGCUUUGUUUGAGUCUCUUAGUGAACGCCUGGCGCCUGGCAUUGUGCCGUCGAUGCCUCCGCAAGCUGUGGUCAUGACUUUGCAUGCACUCGCGUCAGUGGGUCUGCGGGCGCCGUUGACAGAGGCGCUCUUGGAUCGACUAGCGACGAACUCCGACUCCGAGAACCUCCCCGACAUAUGCGUUGUGGGUGAAAGCGAAACGUCUCGGGUGCGUCUGGGAGAAGGAGGAGUCGAUGCACGCACGAGAAGUCCUGCUUCAGAUGAUGAUCAAGGUCCAUGUACAGGCGUUCGGUCUAGAUGCGGUUUGGGGGACUCAGCUGGAAGCGAUAGAAACUCGAAGAGUGACGCCGGUGUUUCGCAGCCGGGUGUCUCUCCAGGGGACGAGUCGCGAGAGGUCGCACAGAUGAACAUUUCAGCUCUUGAAACGCCUGGGCUUCCUUGCGCCUUUCCCUCGAGUUCGACGUUGGAGAGGCACGGCGAAGCCUCGCCGCAACAGAACAGGGUGGAGAGGAACGGAUUUCCAAUUGCCUAUGCAGCGAGUGUCAUGAUGUCGCUCCUCAAACUCGAUGCGGGGGACCGUGUAGAUCUUCUGCAAAACAUCUGCGACGCCGUUUGCCAGGCGCCCGUGGGGACGCUUACUCCACAGCAGUUGGCCAACAUCUCCCACUGUUUGGCUCACUUUGCUUCUUCCCCGAACUCACACAUCGCCUCGUUCUCCUCAGACGAGUCCGCGGAAAGUCGGAAGCGUUUCCUUCCUCCCCCCCUCGCUCUCGACGUUGUCGUUGCCCACGCUCUUUCGCAGCUGCAGCAGUUCUCGCCUCAGCUUCUCGGGAGUCUGUCCCUCUCUCUCGCCUCGCUCUGUCGGCACCUGCCUGCCGUCAGGGACUCGACGGAGAAAUGGUGUGCUGCUGUCGACCGAGACAGACUGCCGCUGGCGCUCGAGAAGUGCUCACCCCAGGUCGUCACGACUUUCCUUGCAGCCUCAGCCACGCUGGAAAGGCCGCCUCCCCCAGAGGCUUUGCAAUUUUUCGUCAGGAAACUCACAGGUUCUCUGCACAGAUUGAACGCCGCGGCCUUCCUUCAGCUCUUGAUCUCUGCCACCAAGCUGCUUGAGAUCGUGGUCGCGAAAGAGGUCCUUUCUCGUCGAGGCGUGCUCCCCGCCUUUGACGGUUCCCCGCUUUCCUCAGCUCUAGAUUCCCCAUCGCGUGAGACGUUCCAAGUCCAAGAAGCGAUUCUGACGGACCUUUUUGUCGCGCUGCAGGAGCAGCUGCUGAGUCGCGUCUCGUGUGUGGAUGUGCCGACGCUGUUUGCCAGUGCGCAGAUUGUCGCGUCAGUGCCGCCCGCGACGUUCCGCGAGCUCGCACGGAGGUCGGGGAAUGCGGCGCCUGCCUGGGGACCUACCUCAGGGUCCUCGUCGUCUGUUGAAAGCGCACAGGUCACUUCUCUCUGGCCUGCCUCUCUCCGCUACGUUCUGCCAUUCGACCUGCUCACGCCUGACUCUCAGCGUUUCCUGGAAACGCAUGCAGCCGACCAACCGCCUCCCUGCGCCGACGGCGACACCCUGUUGGAGCACUGGAGACAGAGGAUUCGACAGGCAACUGCUGUGGGCAGGACAGAAACUCCCGGUGUCUCUGGCCUCCCGCAUACGUUGCUCUCUGUGGGCGAUUCGGAAGGUGGAGCUCUUUGUGAGGCCGCUAGACGUGCCGGAGCAGGGCAGGCGAAUCCAGGUGGUAACGGACCUCUUUCCAGUCAACGGGGAGGGGAUUUGUCUCUUCGGUCGGGCCGGAGAGAGCCAGAGGUGAACGCGGCAGAAGAUGCGUCGCGACAAAUCUCGGAACCGGACUUGGUGGCCAGCCAAGUGUCUCGCUUCCCCGAGGGUAGAGCGGAAGGAGGCGCGACUGGCAGAGACGCGUCGGUCCAGACAACGGAGACUUUGCCUCGGGAAAAGCAAGUCUCGAGCGUUGUAGAGGGAAUGAGCAAGGCCGCAGACUUCCUCGUUGCUGAACAGAAACGAUGGCGAGUAAAGAGCGAGAAGGACACCAGCAGCGCAUGCGGAGGGGCGUCCGCGACACCGAGGGAGAUCGUUGGACGUCUGCUGAGAUAUUCGUCGACGAAACAGCGGCUGAUUGCUCAGACCGCCCGAGAGUGUGAGAAUCCAGAGCUCCCCGCAGGUGCAUGUACGCCAGGGAACGGAACGCAUGCCGUGGUGGGAAGCGAGGCAGCCAUCGGCUUUGUUUCAACGAUUGCAGCGACGCUUGUCUCGUCGAUUCGUCGUCAGGGGGAUUUGUUUCAUCCCCUCCUUCUCGCCGCCUCGACACGGGCUGCAGGCGAAGCAAAUGUACAGGAUCCGCUCUUCUACGCCAUGGCUGUCUCUCGCCUUUCGUCGCUGGAGCUGAGCAGCGCCUCUGUUUUCGCGCUUCCGGCGGCCUUGGAGGAACGCCGGAAGGUCGACUUGGAAGGGAAGGCUUCAGGCAGCUCUCACCGAGACCAGCGGGCGGCUUUGUCACCUCCUGCGUUGGUCGACUUCUUCGAAGGUCUCGCAGCCGCUGCUUACAAGCUGACAGGCGAAGAAGCUGCGCUUCGAGGUCUCCUGUGGCCGUCGCUCGAUGGCGUUGCCAACAACCCAUCGCUCGCCGCACGCAUCUUGUCGGCCCUUCGGCGCCUCGACGCGCUUGAAGACCGACUUCUUCUCCGCGUUUUAGAGCGUCAAGUGCUUCUGCUCAAACGGCGUCUUGCCGGCGUUCGUUCGGCCUGCCUCGAGGCGUCUGUUAGACGCAGGAGCGAAGGCCGGCCGUCUGUGUCUCCUUCGCACUUGGAGACCCUGUCUCUGUCUCUCGAGCCGUGGAUUCUCGUCUUCUCAACUCCAGUCUUCACUCCGGCAGCAGCCAAGCACCUCGCGCAAGUCUCGUGGGCGACAGCUCUGCGACGCGGACAGCUGCCGGACCAGGCGCACUCCCAUCGGCGCGAUGAAGCCGAGAGCUCCUUGACAGAGUUCGUUUCAGAAGCUGCCGAAGAGGGUGGAAAGAGCGGCGUGGAGACUGAGGCGAGAACGAGCCAGGGCAGCAACUCGACGGUGCCUUUUGCAGGCGUCGCGUAUCUGUGGGGAAUGGACUUCCUUUCUGCACUUCUUACUUGGGCACACCGAGGAGGUGAAGAAGGCGCUGUUGACGUUGUGCCUGACAGAAAUGGAUCAGGAGGGCAGGAAGGAAAACGCGUCUAUGGAGGGAGUGCAGUGUCCGAGAGAGACCGAGAACCUGGGGCAGGCGUUGACCGCGAUGUACCACGCACCCUUGCGUCUUCGUUCCCUAGUUCACCUGAUGCGGAGUCGCCGAAAGCGUCUUCUUUCUCGCUGGACAACUCGUCGGACUCUCUUUCGUAUCACCCUUCUUCCACGCGUCCUCUCGAGUUCGAGCGAACGCCUGAGUCCCCGCCUUCGUCGCCAGCUUGGCCUGCGGCACUGGAGGCCUCGCAGCGCGGUUCCAGAGUGUCUCCGCGUUGCUCUGUCCGAAUCCUCCUCCCCGUCUCUGCUGUCGCUGACGCCGUACGAGCGCUCGCGGCUCUCCCUGCCUCGAGCGUCUCUCCCCUCACGUUUCAGGGAGCAUCUGCAUGCGCCGCGUUUCUUUCGUCGCCGUCGUUUUGUGUGCCUUCUUCCGGUACCUCCUCUGAGAUCGAGGGAUCUCGACUUUCGGCCAUGUGCACUGGCUUGCGAGCACUUGGGCAGCUUUUAGCUCUGCCGUCAGUCCAGAGAUGGACGCUGCAGUCGAGAACGGAACCUCACGACCACGGAGGCAGAAGCGCAUGCGGGGGCGGCGAAGAAGUGGAGAGCGGAUUCGCUUCGCUGGAAUCUGAACGCGACGCCGAUUUAGUUUCUCUCGUCCGUGCGGUCCUGAGGGCUUCGAGUAACGAAGCAGAAAACCGACUGGAAGAGACCGCACCGAGUCGCGAGGACGCCGGGGCGGCUCGAACCUGUCAGGUGCCUCUGCACCUUCGACUUCUGGACUGCCUGUGCGCAUCUCCACCUUUCUCGCUUUCCCAGCUACGCAGAGAGAGCAGAGAGACCGAUACCUUGGCGACCGCUCCGCAGGUGGGCGACCAUCCGCGAGACGGCGAGGCGCGAUCGGAUCAGAAGCGUCAGGACCAAGAACAGAGUCGCAGUUCUUUCGGAUCUGCAGGCGCGGCGCUAGGGAGCGUGUCUGCGGACCUCGGAGAGGCGGCGUGGAGUCGCAGUCAGCAAGCGGGAGUGAGGACGCUCAUUGCUGCUGGCGACAAGCUUCUGGCGAAAGCUGAGGAACUGUUCAGACUGUCGACUGGACCCCACCGGACUCUGAAACUCACUGACGCCGUCAGCCUCGCGUUUUGGUGUUGCAUGCGUCUCCUCACUUUUUCAAACGGAGAGAAUCACGGGGCGCACCCGGCGCCAAACAGACAAGAUCUCAGGUGCGAAGUGACGAGAAGCCGUGGAGAUACAGCGGAAGUUGAACGGACUUGUCAAAGAGUUCUGGUUAAAGCCAUGCUCGCAGUCGACGCCGCCGUCGACCGACGACGAACGACGCGAAGAACAACACAAACUCUGAGUCCACAGGAGAAAGAACGACUGACACUCAUGAUCCGCGGCGAGGACCGGAGGCUCCUCAUGAUUGUCCACUCGUUCCUCCGACUGGAUGCGUCUGAGCUUCACGACGAGCUGCCACCUCAUGUUCGAAGCGUUCUAGAAGCCAUCUCGAGUUCGGGGGCGUCGCGCCACCAGUAACAGGAGGCAUUCACCGAUUUUGUGAAACACAAAUCAGAGCGGAAUCUCCGAAUUAGAGGACAGGAAAAAGGCAAACAGGUCUCCAGCGCGGGAAAACAAGCGAACUGAGAACGACGAUCUUGACGACGACAAAAAAUUCACGAACGAAAAGCCGUAGAGUCUACUUCUCUCUACAGCUCUCUACAUAUCUGUCAGUAUAUCUAUCCAUAUGUCUUUUUCUAUUUUCAUCUAUAGCAGUCUAUUUACAUCUCUCCAGAUCUAUCGGUCUGUCUUAUGUUCUUGUAGCUUGGAGCCCGUCUCCGAGAUACAGUGGAUGAAGGAUGGACGGAAAUGAGUUUUUUGUGUGAUUCGUCUGAUAGUAUUCACCGAAUGUGUUUCAGCUCUUGGCGUCCUUUGUGGCUAGGCGUUCUUCUGAACGUUCCGACUCAACCGCAAUUUUCUUACGAUUUUCGCUUCUACUCCACGGUCACCAUCGUUGAAACCAGAACGAGUGGAACCAUGCAGUUCGCAGUUGGUGAAACAAAGACCUUCGAGAGAGCUAAAUGAGUGAACAAAGUCUCAGAAUCUUCACUCCCCAGAAAAUGCUGAACAUCCGC